AUGUCCAACCUUCAAAAUGGAACUCUUUGUAUCCUGGGAUGUGGUAAGUGCGCAACUCUCCACAGAGCGAACAGCCACUCACGAAGAAACACAGGAAACCUGGGCAUCGCAAUUUUGAACGGUCUGAUCAAUGCGCCCACAGAGAAAUCCAGCGAGCUCCCCUUCACACAAUACAUCGCCUGCGUGCGCAGUGAGAUCUCGGAGAAACGACUCACCGAGCGAUUUGCCCAGUCCAUGAGCAAAUUACGCAUCUCUCGUGGGGACAAUGUAAAAGCCGUCCAAAAUGCCAAUGUCAUCAUUCUCGGCGCAGACCCAGCAGACAUCGAGACUGUCCUUACCCAGCCCGGUCUCCGGGAAGCCUUAGCCGACAAACUCCUCAUCAGCAUCGCAGCAGGCUGGACCCGCCAGAAACUCGAAAGCACAAUCUACGGGUCUGCCACAACAGCUGAAAACACAUCUGGGUGCACAUGGGUUGUGCGAACCCUGCCCAACAUCGCCGCACAGGUCUCACAAUCCCUCACGGCAAUCGAGAUCUCCGAGCCCGCCUUGCCAGAACGAUAUCUGCAGAUCACAACAUCGAUCUUCGAACAGAUCGGCAAGGCAGUCCACAUUGACCCGAAAUUAAUGAAUGCAACCACAGCUGUUGGAGGCUCGACGCCAGCUUUCUUUGCCGUAAUAGUCGAUGCGAUGAUCGACGCAGCGGUUGCGGUCGGCGUUCCACGCGACCUGGCACACACGAUGAUCUUUCAAUCCAUGCAAGGGACGGCUAGUAUGCUCCAGAGUGGGAUACACCCUGCCUUACUGAAGGAUCAGGGAACAUCGCCGGAGGGGUGUACCAUUGGCGGGUUGAUGGUCAUGGAGGAGGCUGGGGUGCGUGGGCAUGUCGGGCGGGCACUCAGGGAGGCUGUUACUUUGGCAAGAUUGAUGGAGACGACGGACCAUGUGAAUGAUACCAGACAUUGA